AUGCCACCAGUGAUACAUUGCAUCCGCCAUGGGCAGGGCUUCCAUAACGUCGGUGCAGGAUGCUACACUCUUCCUGACCCUCGCCUGACUCCUUUAGGCGAAGAGCAGAACAUGGCAUUGAGAGAGGCCGCCUUCUCGGACCAGUCAAAGAUAUCUCUGGUCCUUGCCUCUCCUCUUUUCCGCACACUUCAAUCUGCCUGUCUAGUGUUCCAGCCAGUGCUCCAAGGUAGCAGCAAGUGUCACCCUGCGAUCAUUGCCCUCCCUGACGCGCAAGAAACCUCGGAUGACCCGUGCGAUGUCGGAACGGAUCCAUCAGUCCUUCGCAAAGUUGUAACCGAGAACCACUGGCCUGUCGACCUCUCUCGCGUCAAGGACGGAUGGAACGUGAAAGCUUUAGGGACUCGCUACAGCCCAGAAAGCACCGCUAUAGCAGCUCGCGCUCGCGACGCCCGCAUCUUCAUCCGGCAGAAGAUCCGAGAACUGAUCGAGCAAGGCAAUGCAGAUCCCCAAGUUGCUCUCGUGACACACGGCGGCUUCUUGCACUAUUUCACCGAUGAUUGGGAGGACUCAUGGUUGAAUCCUGGGACGGGAUGGAAGAACUGCGAGAUCCGAUCCUACAUCUUCGAACAAGACGUAUCAAAUGAUAUAGAUGUGGAGGCCAGGCUUACUGAGACUAUGGAGAGUCGAUUGAGAAGGGGAAAGGGAAAUCCUAUGCCGGCCAAGGAUGAGCAGGCGGUGCUAUUUGAGCGAGCGAUGGAUAGUUGGGAGAAGCAGGGGCUGCAGAGGCCUGAUAGAAUAGGAAUGAAGGUGGAAACGAGUGUGAUUGCGUGA